AUGGCGGCAAAGCAAGGCGAAAUCAAGCCAAAGGCCAGCGGUCGGGCUUCCGUUCCAACCCCUCCAGUCCGCUUCCCCGUCGAUGACAAGCCCGGGCAACUUACCCGCAAGAGCAGAGCGAGAGUCAAGUCAAAGCCGUCGCGAAGCUUCACCGGCUGGCUCAUCUCCUUUGCGAGCCGCGUCACCAUCUUUUACCUGAUCUAUGCUGCAGUGUGGACCUGCCCCUCGCGUCCCUUCCGCUUCGACUACUCGGCCAAAGAUGCUCGUCCCGUCUGUCGCAAUCUGGCCCAGGCUCGCGAUCAGAUCGUACCCAUCGUCAAGCCAUACUACCACCUGGCUCAGCAAAAGGCAGACCCGUAUACCCGUCCCGUGAUCAAGGCUGCCAAGCCUUGGAUCAAGCGUGCUCACAAGGUCUCUCGCCCUAUCUACCGCGAGGCAGACAAGCGCGGGCGUCUGCUGUGGAAGAAGCGCAUCGAUCCUGCUCGACGCCGUGCCCUCAAGCGCGCCCACAAGCAGAUCGACCCUUAUCUCCAACAGGCUCACCAGUACCACAAGAAGAACGUCCAGCCUCACAUCAACACCGUUCACAAGGCUGUCAAGCCGUACCACGACAUCUACCAGCGCGAUGUCUCGCCGUACGUUGAUCAGGCGUAUCAGUACAGUCUGCAGUCGUCCUCGGUCUCGUACGCCUUCUACAUGGACAAGGUGCACCCUCGCGUCAUCCAGACCAUCAAGCAGGUCUAUAGCUUCCUGGUCAACCAUGUCAGCCCCGCUCUGCGCCGAUUCUACAGCCUCUACGUCCGACCUCAGCUGGAUCGCUUGCUCGCCAAGGUGUACGAGCGCAAAGCUCACUGGCUUGGGUCGGACGCCAUCAAGGCGGCUCAGCAAGAGGCCAAGCAAACUGCCAAGGAAGCGGACAAGCACGCUCAGCAGGCUGUCAAGCAGGCGGAGCAGGAAGCCAUCAAGGCUCGCGACGACCCUUCCCUCCUUGACCGUCUCAAGCAGGCCAAGGAAUCGGUUUACGACAGCGCGACUGCCGACGAGACCGACUCGGUCAAAGCAGCCACGCUCGACGCUGAGCUCGAAGCCGAGGAGCAAAAGGUCAAAGAUCUGCUCGAGGUGUGGGAGACCGGCAUGACCGACCUCAUCGAGAAAGAGUACCAACUGGCUGUCACGCGCAUCGCCGAGCUUCGAAACACCCGUCUCACCGAUCUCCCCGACCGCUUCGGUCUUAUCAACGAGGCCUUCGUCGAAGAUACGGUCGCCUUGAUCCUCAACCGCGUCGAGCGAGGUCUGCGCAAGAUCUCGACCCGAUCUGGCGACACCGAGAAGGACAUCAAGAAGAAACUCGAUGAGGGCAACAAGCUGGUCGACCAGCAGCUGGCCAAGUUCGACCGUGCUGGUCAGGAAACCAAGGCGCAGAUCGCAGCCUACUACGAGGAGCUCCUGCAGCAGGAACGUCAGACCACCGAGGCGAGCAGUGCCGAAGUCCGUCGCUACGCUUCCGCCGCCAAGGAUGCCUACGACGAGAUCAUGCGCAACACCAAGUUCUCCGCUACCAUGGACGAGUGGCAUGGGUGGGACAUGGGUGUUCGCAAGCGAGCCGCUCUGUUUUCCGAGGAGCUUUCCGCGGUCCAGAGCGGUAAGAAGGCGGUUAGCAAGUCGAGUGGCGCUGUUGACCUUCGCAAAGAGGCACCCGGUAUGCAGAAGGAGAUUAAGUCACUCCGCGCCUGGACUGACAAGCUGCACAGCUCGGCGAGAAAGGAGCUCAUCGCCUACUGCGACGGCGCGCUUGCCGAGCUCGCGGGUGAUGGUGUCGCCGCCAAGAUCUCGGAUAUCACCGAUCGGCUGGCGGAGCAGGCGAACCGCAUCAGCACCGAUGCUACUGCCGGCAUGCUGGCGGCUGUCGGGUCGGCUCGACGCAAGAUGGGUCUGGGCGAGGUGGUGGACGAGGGAUUCUUUGCUCGGGCCAAGGCGUACGUUGCUUCCGGCACUGGAUCCGGUUCGUCGUUCGAUGACUAUGUCAGCAGUUUUAACGCCAAGGCUGCUGCUGCGAGCAGCUCUGCUUCUUCCGCAGCUGCAAAGGCGAGCAGCAGUGUCGUCUCGGCGGUUGGAGCUUCGUCGUCGCCCGUGGCUGACGCGGCCGGUGGAGUGGCGGCGAAUGUGCGGGCUGCGGCGAGCUCGGCCUCGGACGCAGCUGCUUCGGUCGCUUCAUCCGCUUCCUCGGUCGCACACCAGGCCAGUCGCAGUGUCGCCUCCGCCGUCGGUGCAUCGCCCACGCCCGAGACAGCAGAGGACUACAUCGAAGCUGCGAAAGAUACCGCCGAAGCGGCCACCAGCCGGGUCGGGCAGGCAGCUCGAUCGGCUGCUUCGUCAGCAUCCUCAGCGGCGUCCGUUGUAUCGAGCGCCGCCGGAUCUGCCGCUGGCAACGUCGGCGACGCCGUUCAGUCGGGAGCUUCGUCUGUGAGCUCAGCUGCGUCCGUCGUUUCGCGCUCAGCCGGGUCUGUUGCGAGCAACGUCGGCUCGGCUGCUCAGUCAGGGGCUUCAUCUGCGUCAUCGGCAGCAUCGGUGGCGUCCAAGUCCGCCAGCUCGGCGCUCAACAAUGCUGGUGCGGCGGCUCAGUCGGGUGUCUCGUCCGCGUCGUCUGCUGCCUCGGUGGUGCCGCGCUCGGUCUCAUCCGCAGCUCAAUCUGGUGCAUCCUCGGUAUCGUCUGCUGCAUCUGUCGCGUCCAAGUCCGCGAGCUCAGCACUGAACAAUGCAGGUUCAGCAGCAGAGUCCGGCGCGUCAUCAGCGUCGUCCCUCGCCUCGGCGGCUUCGCGCUCGGUAGCGUCCGCAGUCGGCGCCUCCCCCUCGCCCGAAACGUUUGCGGACCGACUCGAGGAUGUGCAGGACAAGCUGAGCGAGGUAGCCGCGUCCGGCAGUAGCGUGGUCAGCAAAGCCAGUCGAUCUGUUGCUAGCGCGGUCGGUGCUACGCCACGCGCAGAGACGGUCGAGGACGUGAUCGAGGAUGUCAAGGAUGCAGUUAGGGGCGCGGCGAAGAAGGUUCAUGUCGAGCUGUAA